UAUCAGAUGAAUGACUGUACAGACUACCGGCACAGCCUAGAUUAUGGCUGUAUAACAUGAGAAUUGAGAAAGUUGGACACCACGCACGCCUCAGGUUAUAGCAGGCGAAUGAACUCCCUCGCUGACUGUCACAUCCACUCUGAGCGAACGAGGUACUUGGCUGGAGCUCGCCCGUAAGAAGCCAGUCGACAUUUGUAACGGCUCUUGAACCUACAUUCUGCGGUCAACUCACCCUGCAGACUUAUUUUUUUUCAUUUUGAAAUAAAGCUCCAUUCAUCAACAUCAAACUGGACUCUCGGCGGAUAGUUAUUUACUCCUGUUGAUUUUCUUGUCAACUUUCACGCACCGUUUCUUGGGACAUGGGUGCGAGGCGCGAGUUGGCAACUUUUCUGGCUCUAUACACAUUUCUAUUCGUUGCAACAUGUGAGCCAAUGGAUAAGCAAGAUAUGCAAGGUAAAAUGAAUAAUACUAACUCACUCAUGGUAAUGUGUAUUUUGUGAAUCAUCGAAUGAAAUUAGGGGGAAGUGUGUUUUCGAAAUUAAUUGAUGCAGACAGUUAUUUCAAACAAGCGCGCAGUUUUGGUCUGGACUGCCAUUGACACACAUAAACUCGAGAUGGUUAUAAUAAUCCUGAAAAUAUUAGUUAAAACUGUAAUAUUAUUUAAAAUGAAUUGUGUGCGCGCCCUAUAACCAUUUCCAACGCGAGCAUAAAACACUCCACACACAGGGUGCAACGUUUUUCUCUCACCUUUAUGGCUUGAAAUGUGCCGUUUUAUCUCUAUAGGCUACUUUCUAUCAUCUGUUUUCUCAUUCAUCUUGGUUAUGUUGGUCUUGUUUCACUGCUGGUUAAUUAGGCUAUUUAUUUUCAUUUCAUACACAAAUAAUAUUCCUCUCUCUUUUCAUUCUUUUUUGAGAUGACCAGUUUUUUCCUUCCACUUGUCAUAACUGAUCAUGUCUCCUCCACUUGUAUUCUUUCUGACAUAUACAGGAACAGAGAAAGUGCUAAGCCAACUAUUUCCCGACUUCCUUGGCUGACUUUCCCCAUAUUCCCCUCUUUCCCCCUUGAGUGCUCACAGCCUGCUUGUGGCAGAAAUCCUGACCAUUGCCAAACCAGUGUGUGAACGGGUGAGGAGGUGUCAGAAAUAAUAGCAAGAGAGAGGGAGGCAGCGUGAUAAGGAGGAAAGGGAAAGCCUUCUUAUCAAGAGCCAGAAAGCAGCCAGGAGUCCUGCUCCUUUUACUCCUCUCCUUUGUUCCCCCUGGGUUUUAAUAUCCAGCAAUGUGUCAGCAUGGGCUUUGACUUUUGUCACUAUGAAGUUCUCUGUGAUAAAGUUCAGGAAUGCCACUACUAAAAUUGAUGGAAGUAAAUUAAUUCUGUAUUGGUGCACAAUCUAGGAAAGACAAUAAAGACAGAGGGAAAUUCAAAGUCAAAUGAAGAGAAAGGAAAUAGAAAAAUAUGUGUAAGAAAAUAGUUGAUAUGUACUAUGUAUUUGUAACCUACAAUGUCUAUUGAACUAACAUUUAAACUGUAGAUUGGGACUAUUAUAACUUGUAAAACUUGUUUCUUAAGAAGUCUUCAUAAGGGAUGUGGUUGUAAUAAGAGUCAGAUUUGCUAUUGUUAAGUGAGAUUUUGCUUCAGAGAUGUCAACUAGUCACCCAACAGGUGUCCUCAUAUACCUGGGCAAGGGUCAAAGGUGAGGCGUUAUCAUGGGACUGGAUGAGAGCCUUUGAUCAGGGAAAAUGGUAGAUAGAUACCAUUAUCUAUCUGUCAUUCUCUCCUUCAUUCUCUCUCUCCCCACCCCCUCUCCAGUCAUUGACAUGCUAACCCUGGACUCCAAGACCAGUGUGUCUGCGGUGGAGAAGGUAACAGGUGCCAUGAGUGUGCUCAGUGACCUCUACAUCGUGUCUACAUUCCGCCUGCCUCCCAAGAUGGGAGGGGUGCUGCUGGGCCUCUACAGCAAAGAGGAGAACAAGAAGUACCUGGAGCUGGCCAUCAUGGGAAAGAUCAACAAAGGUACUUAGAUACUGUCACUCUCACCCACUGACUAAACCAGAAUGAACUAUUUCCCAGUUUCUCGGUGACGGAGCAUACAACUAACUCAGUCUCAAACCACCUUUAGGAUUUAAAAGUGUUCACAUGAAUAUCAAUCAAGUUUCCCUUUUUCCAUCCCCCUUUUUUGUAUCCGUUUUACUUUUCACUCCUUGUUCUUCUUUUGCAGUUAUUAGUGACCUGUCCAUGUUCAGUAAAUCCCUACAUUUAAGUUUUUCUCCCCCUUUUACCCUCUCUCAAAGCUCUGGUGCGUUACGUGAGGGAGGAUGGCAAAAUUCACACAGUGAACCUCCAGAGCGCAAACCUGGCUGAUGGUCGCACACACUCCAUUAUUCUCCGGGUCGGAGGCCUGCGCAGAGACAACCUACACCUGGAGCUCUACGUCAACUGUCGAUUGGCUGACUCCAGCCAGGGCCUCCCUCCAUUGGUCCCUCUCCCCGCGGAGGCGGAGAUGGGUGGAGAUUCGUAAUGGCUUCAAGUCCUACGCAAGGCUACAGGUGACAAGGAACACUGAGUCUGACACUAAGUCCCAAUCCAAUUAAAUCCCAUGCCCCUUUAGCUAGGGGCCAGGGCUUCAUCUCAAUAGCCCAACAUGGCUUGCUGUCCUCAUCUCCUAUCCUCCAUCUGCACUUAUUUGAAAACACAGGGUGAAGCAACAAAGCCAUAUGGUGGAUGCCUACUGGAAAUUAGCUUUCACCUGUCAAGGUCUUUCACAUCAGUGUAGAUGAAGUGGAGCAGACGAGGAGUGGAGGCGACUUUUAAUUGAGAGGUGGUCCUCUUUGACUACCUUUAACCAUAGCAAGAGCUGUCAUAUCAAAUCAUAUCAUAUCAUAGCAGUUUCAACCACAGCAUGGUGUGAUCCAAGCUUCUCCCAUUACAGGGCGCUGUGGAGUCCCUCAAAAUGGUGCUAGGGGGCAGUGUGGUCAAAGCAGGUGCCCUGACAGACUGUCCAUUCCAGGGGGAUUCAUCAGUCUACAACACAGGUGUGUCCAAAAUCAGUAUAUGACUUUCUAAGAUGAAGUCUGUUAUGAAAAUGGUUAAUCAGAUGUGUAUCCUGUACAUGUUUCAACAAAAAGUAUUUUUCCUCUUCUUACAGUGGGUGCGACUGCAGAAGUGAACUCCAUUCUAGGUGAGUGUAUUCAAAUGUCUCUUUUCAAGUAUACAGUGGAAUCAAUGUCUUAUGGAAAUGUGUGUUGGCUUUACUUUGACAAUGAUUGGGUAUUCUGUGGGUAUUGUAUGUCAGGUGACCACACUAAGGCUCUGAUUGGCCAGCUGAUCAUCUUUAACCAGAUCCUAGGAGAGCUGCGGGAGGACAUCAGAGAGCAGGUGGGUUGUGUGUGUGUGGUGUGUGUGUGUGUGUGUGUGGUGUUGUACAAGUGUAUGCAUGCAGCAUGUAUGUGUGUCUGCAUACUGUAUGUGUAUGUGCAUUUUCAUUGAUGUCCUCUCCUUCUCCAGGUGAAGGAGAUGUCCCUGAUUAGGAACACCAUUCUGGAGUGCCAAGUGUGUGGUGAGUGAACAGCCAUGGAAACAAAACAAUGUGUACUGAAAGUUUUGACCAAUCCCUCAUGUUCCCUGGUCUUGUCUUGCUCUUAAAUACAAAACAAAACCUAAACGAACGAUAAAGACGUGUGUUGACCUCCAGGCUUCCACGACACUCGUUCCCGCUGCUCCCCCAACCCCUGUUUUAAGGGCGUGUCCUGCAUGGAGACCUUUGACUACCCAGGGUACCGCUGUGGCCCCUGCCCGGAGGGCAUGAUGGGCAACGGAACCCACUGCCAGGACAUUGACGAGGUAUGACACAAUAACAGACAGGAAAUGGAAAUUAGCCUGGCCGGGUUUUAAAUGGUGGUUUUUACACUGCCUCACCUCAAGCUCACAGUUUAAUGAGGCUUUUAGGGUGACAGCUGAGCUGUUGUCAAAAUAGACCGCGUCACUUCAAGUACUGUACUCAGCACGGCUCUUAUUUCAAAGAGGCCCUACCACUUAUCUCUGUCUAUUUCUCUCUCAUCUCCCCCACUCUCUCUGUUCUCUCUCUAUUUCUAUUCUCUGUCUCUCUAACCUGUCUCAGUGUUCCAUAGCCCAGCCCUGCUACUCUCCAGGUGCGUGUAUAAACACAGUGAAGGGUUUCAGCUGUGAGCUCUGCCCCCCUGGUCUCUGGGGCCCGCCCCUCUUUGGGGUCGGACUGGAGUAUGCCAAGCACAACAAGCAGGUACACGCACACACAAACACACUGUCACUUCUUUCCUUAUUGACAUAAUCCAUCAUUCCCUAUUGUCUUUUUUCUUCCUCACACACCUUGCUGUGGUUUUGUCCAUAGGAGUGUGCAGACAUCGAUGAGUGUAUUGAAGUUGCCAACGCCUGUGUGCCCCACUCCAUAUGUACCAACACCAUCGUAAGUAGAAACCCUUCUCCAAUGUCAAGGUGUUUAUUACAAUGUACACUGCUCAAAAAAAUAAAGGGAACACUUAAACAACACAAUGUAACUCCAAGUCAAUCACACUUCUGUGAAAUCAAACUGUCCACUUAGGAAGCAACACUGAUUGACAAUAAAUGUAACAUGCUGUUGUGCAAAUGGAAUAGACAACAGGUGGAAAUUAUAGGCAAUUAGCAAGACACCCCCCAAUAAAGGACUGGUUUUGCAGGUGGUGACCACAGACCACUUCUCAGUUCCUAUGCUUCCUGGCUGAUGUUUUGGUCACUUUUGAAUGCUGGCGGUGCUUUCACUCUAGUGGUAGCAUGAGACGGAGUCUACAACCCACACAAGUGGCUCAGGUAGUGCAGCUCAUCCAGGAUGGCACAUCAAUGCGAGCUGGGGCAAGAAGGUUUGCUGUGUCUGUCAGCGUAGUGUCCAGAGCAUGGAGGCGCUACCAGGAGACAGGACAGUACAUCAGGAGAUGUGGAGGAGGCCGUAGGAGGGCAACAACCCAGCAGCAGGACUGCUACCUCCGCCUUUGUGCAAGGAGGAGCAGGAGGAGCACUGCCAGAGCCCUGCAAAAUGACCUCCAGCAGGCCACAAAUGUGCAUGUGUCUGCUCAAACGGUCAGAAACAGACUCCAUGAGGGUGGUAUGAGGGCCUGACGUCCACAGGUGGGGGUUGUGCUUACAGCCCAACACCGUGCAGGACGUUUGGCAUUUGCCAGAGAACACCAAGAUUGGCAAAUUCGCCACUGGCGCCCUGUGCUCUUCACAGACGAAAGCAGGUUCACACUGAGCACGUGACAGAUGUGACAGAGUCUGGAGACGCCGUGGAGAACGUUCUGCUGCCUGCAACAUCCUCCAGCAUGACCGGUUUGGCGGUGGGUCAGUCAUGGUGUGGGGUGACAUUUCUUUGGGGGGCCGCACAGCCCUCCAUGUGCUCGCCAGAGGUAGCCUGACUGCCAUUAGGUACCGAGAUGAGAUCCUCAGACCCCUUGUGAGACCAUAUGCUGGUGCGGUUGGCCCUGGGUUCCUCCUAAUGCAAGACAAUGCUAGACCUCAUGUGGCUGGAGUGUGUCAGCAGUUCCUGCAAGAGGAAGGCAUUGAUGCUAUGGAUUGGCCCGCCCGUUCCCCAGACCUGAAUCCAAUUGAGCACAUCUGGGACAUCAUGUCUCGCUCCAUCCACCAACGCCACGUUGCACCACAGACUGUCCAGGAGUUGGCGGAUGCUUUAGUCCAGGUCUGGGAGGAGAUCCGCCACCUCAUCAGGAGCAUGCCCAGGCGUUGUAGGGAGGUCAUACAGGCACGUGGAGGCCACACACACUACUGAGCCUCAUUUGGACUUGUUUUAAGGACAUUACAUCAAAGUUGGAUCAGCCUGUAGUGUGGUUUUCCACUUUAAUUUUGAGGGUGACACCAAAUCCAGACCUCCAUGGUUUGAUUUGUGUGUGAUUUUGUUGUCAGCACAUUCAACUAUGUAAAGAAAAAAGUAUUUAAUAAGAUUAUUUCAUUCAUUCAGAUCUAGGAUGUUAUUUUAGUGUUCCCUUAAUUUUUUUGAGCAGUAUGUACAGCGUCAAAUCUUCACAAACUAGACAUCGCCCUCUUGUGAUCAUUUGAGAGUACUGUAGAGCCGCUGUGUAGUAAAGCUGUUCUCUCUCCCUUCCUCCUCUCUCUCUUUCUCCCACCUCUCCUUCUCUCUUUAUCUCCCAGGGCUCGUUCAGGUGUGGUGGCUGUAAGGUGGGCUACCUGGGGAACCAGACAACAGGCUGCGUGCCCCGUAGGUCCUGUGCCACACUCAGCUUUAACCCUUGUGAUGCCAACGCCCACUGCAUCAUAGAGAGGAACGGAGAGGUGACCUGUGCGGUAAGCAACAAUGAUCUUUUACUACCUUUGCCCUCCUGGACAGGAAAAGAGGAGCUACAUGCCCUAUACUGCCAGCCUCGAAAUACUACUUUAUAGAAGUACUGUAGGGUUGGUUUAAAAUGCUCUCCUUUCUUCCAUUCUCCAGUGCAACAUUGGCUGGGCCGGUAACGGGAACACUUGUGGCACAGACACAGACAUUGAUGGAUACCCAGACCGCUCUUUACCCUGUAUGGACAAUGACAAGCACUGCAAAAAGGACAACUGUGUUUACACACCCAACUCAGGCCAGGAGGACGCUGACAACGACGGCAUCGGAGACCAGUGUGACGAGGACGCAGAUGGGGACGGCAUCAAGAAUGUAGAGGUAUGUGUGUUUCCAUCUCAGACCCUCUGUGAUAAUUGUAUCUGGGUGUAUGUGUGUGAUAAUAUAACUUGUAUGAUUGUAAGUCAUUUUUUCUCGUUUUUUCAUGAACAUAACUGGUGUUUAUGAUUUGCAGGAUAACUGUCGACUAGAACCCAACAAAGAUCAGCAGAACUCAGACACAGACUCUUUCGGUGACGCCUGUGACAACUGUCCCAAUGUCCCUAACAUUGACCAGAGAGAUACGGACAGCAACGGGCAAGGAGACGCCUGUGACAAUGACAUAGAUGGAGAUGGUGUGUGUUCACAAAGGCACGGACGCGUGCGCACACUCACACACUCACUCACUUACACAUAAACUGCAAGAGGUCUGGGAGACAACUUUGUGGGUCGCUGUUGAAGUUGACAUUAUACUCAUUGUUAACAUAUCCAAUCUGAGCAACUAGGUGAUGGCCCUCAUGUCUCCCUCCUGUCCUAUCCUGGUGUUCAGGUAUCCCCAACGUGCUGGACAACUGCCCCAAGGUCCCCAACCCCAUGCAGACAGACAGGGACGGAGACGGUGUAGGAGACGCCUGUGACAGCUGCCCUGAGAUCAGCAACCCCAUGCAGGUAAAAUAACCUUCACACACCCCAACCCCCAAAAUGUGGAUCAACAGAAGAUAUUUAGCCACUCUUGGCUGAAACAGGGGUUUAGGCUGCUCAUUUGUCUUCUUUGGUUUAUUCUGACCCUUUACCCCUAGACGGACAUUGACAACGAUCUGGUGGGGGAUGUGUGUGACACUGACCAGGACACGUGAGUCUCUGACUUCAACACACGCACGCACGCACGCCCGCACAAACACAUACACAAAAACAUACACACAACACACACACACACUGCACUCACACUGUCACACAGCGCUACACCUGCUGUGGCUAACACACACAUACAUGCACCUGCUGCACUCAUAUCCACAAAAACACCCAGUCACUGCUGUGAUUUACAAGUAGACACACACACCUGCUGGGGCUUCUUUUUAUGUUGCAGUUGUUUGAACGUCUUGAUUGUGUUUUUCUAGGGGGAAAAAACCCCAGUAUCUAUUUCGGUACAAACAAAAUAAGUGAACAUAACAUGACUUGGGCCAGGAUUCAUUGCAAUGCACGUUAUAGCGCAGCGCACUAUACCUGACUUUUAAAGGUAAUUUACGAUUGAGCCGACAUGCGCAGCAAUUACCAUGAAUGUGAUCUCCAUGAACGUUGUGUAAAAUGCCUAAGGCGCAUUGUCGGUUGUCUAGUGCACUGUGCUAGAGCACGCCUUGAAUUAAAUCCCAGCCUUGGCGUUUAACUGAAUGCCAGUGUGUCUAUGUGUGUUCCAGGGAUGGGGACGGUCACCAGGACUCCAGGGACAACUGCCCUGACCAUCCCAACAGCUCCCAGCUGGACUCGGACAACGAUGGCCUUGGGGACGACUGUGAUGAUGACGAUGACAAUGACGGGAUCCCAGACGUCCAAGACAACUGCAGACUUAUCACCAACCCCAACCAGAAAGAUUCUAACAGUAACCAACCGUUAAAGGGAUAGUUCACUGUUCAUGUUUUAGCUUAUUUUUUACUUACGAAUUGCUACAUGCUUCAAAAGUGCCCAUCUCCCUCUCCUCUCCCAGGUAACGGGGUGGGCGACGUGUGUGAGAACGACUUUGACAACGAUUCAGUCUGGGAUCUGAUUGACGUGUGCCCUGAGAGUUCAGAGGUCACACUGACAGACUUCAGAGCCUAUCAGACAGUCAUUCUGGAUCCAGAGGGCGACGCCCAGAUCGAUCCCAAUUGGGUGGUGCUCAAUCAGGUGACCCUUGACCUCCCUCUUUGGCUCAACACAUGACCAACUUUGAUUGUAGGCUGAAAUAUCCCUUUAAGGUUAUCCUCCUACUCUGAAAUCAGUUUACAAGGAGGACUAUUAUGGUUAUUAUAAAUAGGCCUAUGCUAGUGCAUUGACUACAGACUAAAGCCUGUUAUAUUACAUUGUGCAUAUUUGUCACGCUCUUAUGGAAUACUCUAAAAUUAGGUAUAUGAUUCAUUGUGGAUACAGAUUCUGAUAUUAGCAAGUCCUCUUUUAUUGCAGGGCAUGGAAAUAGUUCAGACCAUGAACAGUGAUCCUGGUUUAGCUGUGGGUAAGUUGAUGUUAUGGGUUAUGUUGUUUGUUACUACUUGUCCUGUUCCUGUGAUGUACUCUAAAUAGAAUUGCUAAUAUUUAGGCCUACACAGUGAUUUGAGUAUAGCAGUGUAUUGAAAAGGUGCUGAAAAAAAUGAAGAAAUAUAUAUAUAUAUAUAUAUUUAAAUUCCAGUGAACUGAAUUGACCUGACUCAACGUAAUAACCUCCCCCAGGCUACACAGCAUUCAACGGGGUGGACUUUGAGGGCACCUUCCAUAUCAACACGGUGACGGACGACGACUAUGCAGGCUUCAUCUUCGGCUACCAGGACUCCUCUUCCUUCUACGUGGUGAUGUGGAAACAGACAGAGCAGACCUACUGGCAGUCGACACCCUUCAGGGCCAUGGCCCAACCUGGCCUGCAGCUCAAAGUGAGUGAUGGGACACAAACACAGCAGCCUAUAGCUGGUGCUACUGAUAAGAAACUUGGCUGAAUCGGGACACUUCCUGAGAAUCCCCUAUAGACAGACUCUGCUGUUGGAUAUAAGUACAACAAAGCAUGUUGUGGUGGAGCGACAUUGUAAAAACCUUUGAUAGUUAUCCAGUGAAAUACUACAGGGUUCAGAAUAUGCAACAAACUCUCUCUCUCUCUCUCUCUCUCGUCCCCCUCCAGGCAGUGAAGUCCCGUACAGGGCCUGGUGAGUACCUGCGUAACGCCCUGUGGCACACAGGGGACACCAACGAGGAGGUGAAGCUGCUGUGGUCGGACCCACGGAACGUGGGCUGGAGAGACAAGACGUCUUACCGCUGGCAGCUCAGCCACAGGCCCCAGGUGGGCUACAUCAGGUAGGUCACACCCCUCUUUCUCUCUUAGUUCUUUAUUAUUUUUUCUUUUCAUCUACUAUUUUCUAUUUGUAUCAGAAAUUCAGUAACUGUUUUAUUAUCAAUAGAAUUUAUGAUCUGAAGUCAUUUAGUACCUGCUUAGCUACGUAUCAGAAUUCCAUUGUUGUUUACUUAUUUGGGGGCAGAUGAGUUCGAAGGGUUUGAACUUGAAGCUUAGUUCAUCCUCACUGGACAGGACACUGUUGUGGUACACGGCUGUGUGUGACCACUGUUGACCACUAGAGGGGGUUUACGCUGCCUUGGCUUGGCUUGGAUGAUUAAAAAAGAAAGAUGGCUGGUGGCAGUUUGGUGGACUGGGUGGCUAUUCACCAAUUUAUACUCCAUAUUUUUUCCCUCCUAAACCUCUUUGUGACUUUUACGGAGAGACCGGGCCCCCUGGCCCUCUAUUGUCCCCGUUGCCAUGUCAACCAAAUCCUUGGCAAGAAUUUGCUGAGCGCCCGUUCAUAUGCAGAUCCAGAGGAAACUACUGUAGAGUGGGGGGUCUGAGAGAGAGAGAGAGAGAGAGAGCAAGAGAGAGAGAGAAAAGAGGGGGGAUGUAGAAAGCGAGAGAGGGAGAGAGCAGGGAGAGUAUCAAAGACAGAGAAAGAAACAGAAAGAGAAACAAGUGUGAGGUAGUCUGAGUAGAGGCACUGAGAGUAACAUAGCAGAAUAAGCUGAAAGAGAAUAUCUUGAAUCAGACGUCAUGUCCGAGGAACAUAUUGCUUAUGCAAAUAGUUUAAGAAACCAGCUUUAUUGGGUGGCAUAAAUACCGCAUUGUGCUCAACAAAGCAUCAGCUAGACAUUUGAACCAACACCUGCGUUUGAGCAUCUCUCAAAACCCUUAUAUUUCUGACCCAUUAUCAGUAGCGAUGCAUUGAUAAAAUCACAGGGGAAGCCAAGCCAGAAAAAAAAGUCAUAUUAUAACCUAUGUGUUGUGAUAAUUGCUUUGUUUGCGCUAUAACCUGUUAGUUCAUAUGCCUUGACACCGUGAUAUAUAGGCCUAAGGCCGAGACAAUAAGAAGACACAGUGGCAGAAUAAAUUCAACCACAUAUUGGUUUCAUUACAAAACCUGUCCGGUGAAGUCCACAAAACAUAUUGCAUGUAACACACAGUUACAUGACCUACACCAUGGUCAAGCAAGGUAAUGUUUCUGACAUUUUCGGACUACUAAACAACUAUUGAUUUAGAACCACAGAGAGUUACCGCAAGUCGCAAAGAAAACAGGGGCUGCCUCCACUAUUCCAGCACCAUUUCAACAUCAUCUAAUCACCUAUGCUUCGUCUAAUACAGUGACAUCUAAAAGAUACCAAAAAUGAUUUAGUCCAAUCAACAUAAGCUAAAUAUGAUGUGGCUGUCCAUGGAACUGAUUUGUGUGUGUGCGUGCAAGUAGAAAAAACAUGUUGACUCACCCUACUUGUAGAGGAACGCCAAUGCCGCCAUCCUCUUUCAUGUUGCCUAAACGGUCUAUGAGUCUGUCAUAUAUUACACGCUUUUAGUUUUUGUUGUACUAGGCUACCUGACUAAAAUGCUUGCUCGCUAGCCUAACUACCUUUCAUGGGCAACGAUGCGCCAGGCCAGCUAUUUAACAUUAGCAUACUACACCUAGCUACAUGUUAACUUCCCAGGAGCACAAUAUAUGAAUUUAUGGUUGGAUCAGAAUUGCCGUUAUAAUCAUUGGCCAGUACGGAGAAUUAAGUAAGUCCAAAUCCCUAUCUCCCAUCCAUUGCUAAUUUAGGAAAGGUACAAUUUUAGCAAGCUAGCCACCGGAGGACAACAACACAAGGAGAUGCAACAAUUCAUGUUUUUUCUGUCAAUAAUGACGUUUGGCUUGUGACGUGAUUGGUCUGAAGCCAAAUCCAAACGGGACCAUUCACAGCUAUGCUCACUCUGUUUAGCUCAACACUGAUUGGCUAUUAUUUUAUUUUUAUUUUUUAUCAAGGGGAGGCCAAAUGCUCGCUGGCUUUCCUUGAAUUCAAUGCUAUGGGCGGCAACACUGUCAUGUGCUUUCUGACCAGACAGCGUCAGAUAGAUACGCUACACAUACUGAGACAGUGUGGCACUGUUUCAUUCACUCAGAUGCUUUCUACGGUGAGAUACAUUCAGCCUCUUGCAAAUUGAAGGAAAUGUAUGAUACACAGCGAGACGAAAUAUACAUUAUUUUGUAUGUUUUUCUCUUGGUCCAUUUUUUUUGGGGAAGCCUGGCUUCCCUUGGCAUCCAUGAAUACAUGCCACUGCCCAUUUAUAAAAAAGUUGCCAGAGAAAAGGAGAGUUGGGGGGUGGAGUUUGAGGAGGUUGUGGAGGGGGGGGUCUCUCCAGUGGGGUGAGGGGAGAGUGGAGAGAGUGAGACAGGUCUUUUUAGAGGCAGGGAGGCCCUAUUCAGACCCAAACAGAGAGACACCUGCUUUGUAUGCUGUGCAGAGGAGUCAAUGGAGCACUGCAGCGCUGCACUGCACUGCACUCACUCAGGCAGCGGCUGGGACAGGGGCCUGCUCUCUCUCUUUCACUCUUUCUCUGUUCAUCCAAAUCGCCCAUUUUGAGUUCUGUGGUUACUUGCCACUGUGUUUUAGUUUGGUGGCACUUCAUUUGACUAAUCUCUUAUAUGACCAUAUGCCAACUACUACAGCUACCCACAACAACCACAUGUUAUGGGUAUGUGACAGUGGUAUAAAUAAGGACAGUGUGAAGUUAUAGGAUUACUUUCAUUUUGAUGAUUACUAGAGGGAACAUGACUAGAAAUGACAAGGGAAUUUAAAAGUCCCCUGAUUUGUGCAUUGUCCUGUGCUCUGUGGCAGGGUGAAGUUAUAUGAGGGGACGGAGAUGGUGGCUGACUCUGGCGUGGUGAUUGACACUACCAUGAGAGGCGGACGACUGGGGGUCUUCUGUUUCUCCCAAGAGAACAUAAUCUGGUCCAACCUGCGCUACCGCUGCAACGGUAAGACACCCUUCCUUACAUUGCUACUAACCACUAACGAUACUUGUAUUGAACAACAUAAUGCUAGUGAACUAAUUUACUUGUAUGUUCUACUUCAUGUAUUUGUUGUUUCUUAGACACUGUUCCAGACGACUUCAACCCAUACCGCAAACAGGUCCUGCUGCACAUCAAGGUGUGAGAGGAGUUGGACAAUGUUUGAGUGCUGGGGCAUGUAGAUGACUACCCAAUCCAGCAUUGUCUCUCUAUACACAUUCACACACACACUCUUACUGCCUCUCAGUACAGACUGCCAACUGCUGUUAAAGUGUGACUGUGUCUGCCCAUGAGUGAAAGGGGAGGGGUUUCAGAGUUGUGGGGAGGGGUUUUAGAGUUGUGGUAAAGGAGGAAGAAGAACCAAUUUACAACAUUGCUGUUAUACCGGACUGGAAAAGCGAAAGGUACCAGAGACUUUGGAAGAAAGUACACAGUACCAGUCAAAAGUUUGGACACACCUACUCAUUCAAGUGUUUUUCUUUAUUUGUACUGUUUUCUACAUUGUAGAAUAAUAGUGAAGACAUCAAAAAUAUGAAAUAACACACAUGUAAUCAUGUAGUAACCAAAAAAGUGUUAAAUAAAUCCAAAUAUAUUUUAUAUUUGAGAUUCUUAAAAGUAGCCACCCUUUGCCUUGAUGACAGCUUUGCACACUCUUGGCAUUCUCUCAACCAGCUUCACCUGGAAUGCUUUUCCAACAGUCUUGAAGGAGUUCCCACAUAUGCUGAGCACUUGUUGGCUGCUUUUCCUUCAAUCUGCGGUCCAACCCAUCCCAAACCAUCUCAAUUGGGUUGAGGUCGGGGGAUUGUGGAGGCCAGGUCAUCUGAUGCAGCACUCCAUCAUUGUCUUUCUUGAUAAAAUAGCCUUUACACAGCCUGGAGGUGUGUUGGGUCAUUGUCCUGUUGAAAAACAAUUGAUAGUCCCACUAAGCCCAAACCAGAUGGGAUGGCGUAUCGCUGCAGAAUGAUGUGGUAGCCAUGCUGGUUAAGUGUGCCAUGAAUUCUAAAUAAAUCACAGACAGUGUCACCAGCAAAGCACCACCACACCAUAACACUUCCUCCUCCAUGCUUUACGGUGGGAACUAUACAUAUUGAGAUCAUCCGUUCACCAACACCGUGUCUCACAAAGACACGGCGGUUGGAACCAAAUUUCUCCAAUUUGGACUCCAGACCAAAGGACAAAUUUCCACCGGUCUAAUGUCCAUUGCUGGUGUUUCUUGGCCCAAGCAGGUAUCUUCUUCUUAUUGGUGUCCUUUAGUAGUGGUUUCUUUGCAGCAAUUCGACCAUGAAGGCCUGAUUCACACAGUCCCCUCUGAACAGUUGAUGUUGAGAUGUGUCUGUGGCUUGAGCUCUGUGAAGCAUUUAUUUGGGCUGCAAUUUCUGAGGCUGGUAACUCUAAUGAACUUAUCCUCUGCAGCAGACAUAACUCUUGGUCUUCCAUUCCUGUGGAGGUCCUCAUGAGAGCCAGUUUCAUCAUAGCGCUUGAUGGUUUUUGCGACUGCACUUGAAGAAACUUUCAAAGUUCUUGAAAUGUUCCAGAUUGUCUGACCUUCAUGUCUUAAAGUAAUGAUGGACUGUCGUUUCUCUUUGCUUAUUUGAGCUGUUCUUGUCAUAUUAUGGAGUUGGUCUAUCUUCUGUAUACCACCCCUACCUUGUCACAACACAACUGAUUGGCUCAAACACAUUAAGGAAAGAAAUUCCACAAAUUAAACUUUUAACAAGGCACACCUGUUAAUUGAAAUGCAUUCCAGGUGACUACUUAAUGAAGCUGGUUGAGAGAAUGCCAAGAAUGUGCAAAGCUGUCAUCAAGGCAAAGGGUGGCUACUUUGAAGAAUCUCAAAUAUAAAAUAUAUUUUGAUUUGUUUAACACUUUUUUGGUUACUACAUGAUUCUAUAUGUGUUAUUUCAUAGUUUUGAUGUCUUCACUAUUAUUCUACAAUGCAGAAAAUAGUAAAAAUAAAGAAAAACCCUUGAAUGAGUAGGUGUCCAAACUUUUGACUGGUACUGUACAUGAUCAUUAAUGUAUGUAGACUGUGUUACUUCUGGGUUUGAGUUGCUGUCCUUGCCCUCAAUUUCACUGUAUGAACGGUGGUUGUGUGAAUGGCAGUGGGUAGCCGUUGAGUUUGACUGUUGCGUUAUGUAUGAGUGCUGUUGUGGCUUUGUGUUUGUGUAUUUACAGCUAUCAUAGGAAUAAAUUGAUUAUGUUUUGUGUUUUAAGACUGAACACUUUAAGGAUAGUUUUUUUCAUCUCAUAUCUAACUGUAAAAUAAAAACCAUAAGCUAAUGUUACAGGAAUGAUGGGAAUUUGAUAAAUACUGUGCAUCCUCUAGAUAUGAAACUCCUGGUAACUCAUUGUCAUGACGAGAUGUCAUCUCAGCAGCAAAAUACAGAUCUGUCACAAGAGACUGUAGAUUUGCAGUUAUUUAGCCUAUAUUACUUUAAGACUUUAAUAGUGGAAUUAUGUCCCUUUUUUGAAUCAGUUUCGAUCUGUGGAUUCUAGUGUAUACUUUCCUGGACUUCUGAGUCUGUGCCCAGUAAUUGAAUAUGAAAUAAAGCCUUAUUGGAAAUGUUUCUAUGAAUGAAGUCGUCUUUAACUGAUUAAUUAAACAGAAACAUAAGCAAAGAGCAACACAAUCGUUGUCCACAAAAAAUAAUAAACAAUUGAAUUUCUUAAAAAUACGUUUAUUUGACCUUUGUGAUUCUGUACACAACAAGAAUGCUAAUGAACGAUACUACGUAGGGGAAAAAAAACGGUCAAAGAAAUCAAGAGCAACUGUGAGUGAGCACUGCUGUUCUGAGGCCAUCCAGUCAGUGAGGUAUGUGGUGACACUGGUCCUAACUCUGUAUCUAACCGCUGAGUGCUGUGGUUGUCAUCAUAUCUCCCAGGAGCAGACAGACCCCAGGGCUCAACUUAUUGAACUGCCCAGUCUGCCUCCACUGUCUGCUUCUCUCCUCCACAUUAAUAGCCAGUCAUAGAAAUCCAUAUACAUGGUACAGAACUUGCAAUAUUUAAUAUCAUGUUAUUAUUAUGCCGUGUAGUAACACUGUAAUAACUCAAUAAUAACACUGUAUUUUAACAUGUUGUUACAUUGUAACUUGCUUUGUAAUGGAGUUGAGCAUUUUCGUUACCACAUAAGUGAAAUAAAGCCUCUUCCCAUUCCACUUGUGUAAUAACAUAAAAAAGAGUUACCCUGCUGAGGACAGACUUGAAAAUUAAUUUGGAUUCCAUCUAGAAUGGAGUUUUGAAGCAUUAUUCUAUUAAGCUGAAGAUGUCCUGCUAUUGACCCCUGACUACUGUGGGAGGAUUUCAAUCGGUUCAUUCAUUCUCUUUGCUCUAUCCUCACUAAAUCGCUCUCAGGUAUGAACAGAUGCAAUAUAAUAGGCAUUUGUCAUCCUACGUCUUGUUGGCCAUACAGAGUUUGUGCAAUACUGCUUCCUAUCCUAAUAUGUGGGAACUUUCAGAGUGAAGCCACAAGGGCAGAGGGAAGAGAAUGACUUAGUGGAGUUGGCAAAGGUCCUCACGUGGCAGCUAGCCAGCCAGUGUCAGGUGCGGACAGUGGGACUGUUUGGAAGCAGAGGCUUACCAACUGUAUAGAAUAAAUUCACUGGGUUUCUCCCAUAGCAGGCCACAUGUUGUGAAUAGCAAGAAUGAAUAGGGUUAAUAUGGCCAAUGACAUAGUUUAAAAAAAAAAAAGUAUGUAUCUCUAAAUAAAUGUGCUGUUAAAAAUAUAUUUUUAAGUGAGAACAAAGUUGUGAAGUACAUAUCACAGUGCUCUUCCACACGUUUACAGAGAGAACAUUAUGAGGAAAAACAACAUUUCUGAGCUCCUCUGUUAAAGAUGGAAUACCCUGGGUCCGGGAGGCCGGGACGAGUGCAAUAUUGGGAGGGCAUCGUACAACAGUGCACCACAUCCCACACCUGCCUGGCCCUGGGAGGG